AUGGCGUUUGGCAGUAACUGGCGGUAUGAUACCGCUGGUCGGCAGCGCGUGGUUGAUCCAAGAUCUGUUGACCCCAGGCCCACCGGUCAAGCGUUUGCUGCAACGGGUAGAGAUUCCAAGACGGGUCUGGAGACAAGAUGGGAAUUCGGUGCUUCAUCUUCAUAUACUGAGCCAGCCGGGACGACGCAGCGUCAGCUCAACGUCAAGCGAAUCCGAGAAGGUCCAGGUCCAGGCCGAACGGAAACAUCUAUUGCUCCAAACUGCAAGAAAUACAUGGUUAUCGAGGCAUUGCUCGUACCGCCGGCAGAUACCUCGACCAUGUCCAAUCUGACCCUAGCCAAUGAUCCUGUCCCGGAUUCGUCUAUUAGACGGCGGCGCUUUGUAAUUGUUCGCGAUCAGAUGGAGGAUAGAAACAGCUUUGAGGCCAUUGCAAUAAAGACCUACAACGGAGAAGGGGUUGCUGCUGAUGGUGUUGUCAAGUUUCACCAUGCCAUCAUCUACACCGGCGACGAGCCGGAGCCGGAGCCGGAUGAGCUUCCAAGACGACCAGGUAACGGCAAGAUGGAGCAACCAAUGCAAGCACAAGCCAUACGAGUAGAGCAGUUCGACCGCACGAGAGCUUUGAAUCCGAUGUCCCGCCUUGACUACGGCUCACGCUACGUCUUCGACCACGGUGUACCAAACAUCAUAAUACUUGGAAGAAUCCACGUCUACUCCCGAGCAUCACUGCAUGCUCAAUUCAAUCAUGUCUGGGCUCAAAUUAGGGAAGCCCAUCGGCCCAGUCAUGCAGCGCAACAAGUGUCGAGCGCAGCAUCGAACGCCGAUUCGACGACCACUAUAACUCCUGCUACACGCGCCGGACCCAGUCUGGCAUCUCCGGACUCCGGACCUAUCACUGAUGAAGAAUUGGUGUCGCUUCUGCGCAACUACCACAAUCACGCGCACCAACAUGGACUUUCAAUGCCACCGCAGCAGUUGAACCCGCAACAGAUUCAAGGAUUGGCUGCAAACGCCCACGCUCGUGCUGCGUAUCUUCAGUGCAUUCGGCAGUCUUGGACGAUGAAGGACGAAGAGGAAGAUUCAUCUAGCGACAGCGAGGCGGUCACCGACGGCCAAAGAAAGUUCGACCAUGUCCGUCCCCGGGCAAGCGUAUCGCCAAGCAUACCGUCGGGACGCACAAGUGAAGCCAAGCGGCAUUGGCAACAUGGCCCCCUUCAAAACCAUAAGAGCAAAGGCGUCACUGGAAAUGGUGACGGUAGCGCAAGAAGCGCAAGCAGUCAUCUGACAGAGAGGCGUAGUAACAAGCAAACCACAGCACUGGAGAAAGAGACUGGGGACUCUUUGUUCUCCGAACGCGCUCGCUCAAGCAGACAUCCAGCAUCGGAAGGCGUUGGUGACGAGCACGGAGGGAGCUUCCGGAUGGACCAAGCAGCACGCGUGGUAGCAACGAACCAAAACAGACUCCAGAGCAACACCGACGAGCUUGUGAACGACUCAGUGUACACCAGUGAGCCCUCCGUAUGGUCACGGCCUGAUCAUAAUACUUCCUACGCUGUGACCAGUAUUUCUUCCGGUUCUCAAAUACGAGAAACAGAUCCGAAAACGGCGGGCGGGAACGAUUCUGGUGCGACCCGUCUUCGAACAGGCGUCACUCCGCCGGCGGCACAACAUGAACAUGCUCGGUCUUCCCAAGUGGUGACGUUCAAGGAACCUGAUAAAGGCACAGUCGAGGCUGCGAGUGUAGGCUCCAAUUUCAGUGCGACCACGAGUCAAAACUUUGCGGCGCAAUUUGCUGGUAUAGUCGCAGACGAUCUCCGAGAAUCCAUGAGCAACGGUCCUGGCGCGAGUCUGUUUCCGCAACAGCCCCUAGCGGACAUCACGAGACUACUACAUGACUACGCUUGCUUAAAAGCGACGACCACAAGCUCAAGUGUGGAACGAAAAGCAGUGAAGUUUGUGAAGAGAUUACGUGGGCAUAUAUUGCGAAUGAUGGGCGGGUUUCUGCAAGGCACGAACCUCGAAAUCCUGGUACCCGAUGAGGACACAGCCCGGCCUUCGAUUUUGCAACAUUUGAAUGGCAAUGUCCAGACUGCUGAUGAGAAGGCACGGGCGUGGCUGAACAAUCCAGAUGAUGCAGAGAUACCCUCUGAGGAUCGGAACAUUAUGAAAGGUCUUGAUGAUUUAGAUGCGCUGGAAGACGAGUCAGAGGUGGGACAAGCGAAGCGCUUCCUGUGUGAAUGUCCAGAGUUCGACUGGCUCAUUCGACGUAUAAGAUCGCUGGCAUCUGUGGACGGCGAGCGCAAAAGCCUAAUUUCCGUGGAGGCUGCAUUCUUUGCACUCUGCGGAGAGUCCGCCGAUUCUAUGGGACUAAUGUAUCACCCAAUGAAGUUGCGAAUCGAAUGGAACCCGAAGACUUAUCUUGCUCAGCAGUACGGCACAGCCGCUGAUCUGGGCAGUACGCUGGUCCUCGUCGGAGACGGAAAGGCUUGUUGCGUCAUGCGAUGCGGCGACUAUCUGGAUAUGCUGUGGCCUUAUGUUGGGCGGGCUGUCCUUGAAUGGGUCCAACGUGCAGCAGAAUCCGAAGACAGAGUAUACGAAACGGUUCACGAGCAUGCCAUGAUCAGGCUCGAUUGCAACAGCGCCAAUCUUCUUGUUUCUGUAUCAGGGCCACGUGUUAUACAAUACGAGUCCCUCGAUAUUUUGGCAUGGCUGGCUACCGCCUGCCGCGCAUCGAAGCAUACUGAGCAAAUCGCAGGGUGUGUGCCUGACGUCUCUAUUGGUGAGCACAAAAGCUUUGGGCUCAUCAUCGGGUUCAAGGAAGUAUUCGAAUUGGGCCAACCUGAAGAAGAAACGACAGAGGACCCAGCAUCUGGUUGCUGGCGCAGAUUCUUUCAAACUGCAUCCAUCGCAAUGGGAUAUCCAAUUCCCGUGCGGAAUCAGGAUGAGAAAGGACUCGAAGUGCCCUUCCAUUUACUGCCUAUCCUUUCCGGAGCGUACUGGCUGGCACAGUACAACGGCCGGACUCUGCUCAAAGGCUACAAUUCCAUGCUCGUUCCAAUCAAGCGGGCAGGAAAUUCGGUGCAAUGGCACUUUUCAGUCAACACUGACCGCUCAAAGUUGUGCUACAGUGAGGUCGAGAAGUACACAGGGCUGUGUGGUGAAGAUGAAUCCUCCUUGUCCCCGUGCCGUCAUUUCGUUGGAUGGGCACCUACCGUUGUUGUGGCAGCUGGUAAGUCGAGCCUGCUCGUUGCCCUGGACUUGGCUUAUGAACUGUGUAGGUUCUCAAUCUGGACAGUACAGGAGCAUUGGUAUGAGCCUAGCCGAAGCUCCGAGCAGGGUGCUUGA